AUGAGUUUGUUUGGCGAAGUUGUUGAACCAAUUAGUCGUAAUAUUUGGGAAGACUGGGAUGAAAUAAUAAUCGAGAGAGAUGAUUCAAAUUCAAAAUUACACUGGGAUAACGAAGUUGUAAUAAAUAAAACGAUUGAUUCGUUUUACCUUUUAGAUGGAAAGUAUUUAAAACAAUUCGUAAACACGACACAUCUACAGUUGAUCAAUACAGUGAAAGAAGUUAAUCUAAAUAUAUAUGAAAUACAUACUCAUACUCAUAAUAAAUAUAUUUGUACAAUUAUGGAUUAUAAUUUAAUCUUGAGUAGUGAAAUUGUUCAAUUGCUGCAACCGUAUUUUGAAUUUUGCAAAAAUGUUUUGACCGUACAAUGUAUUUCAAUGUCUGAAUAUCGUACUAAUCAGUUGAACAUUCAACCUUGUUUAAUAAGAGGAAUUUAUACAUCAAAAGCAUUAAAUACUUCAGAACUUGAUAUCCCAAAACUUGAGCAGCCUAAUAUUUUAUCUGGUGUCCCUGCUGGAGUUAUAACUUUGAGACAGCAUUUGGAUCAAAUGGGAAUAGCAUUAAUAUGUUAUGUGGAAUAUACUGAAGAUUAUCAAAUUGAAGAACUACAAAAGCUAUUGCACAAACUAGAAAUUGGAUCAAAUAUCCAAAAGGGUCCAAGUAUUGUUUUAAAUUCCAAUUUGUAUAUUUGA